CUUUGUGGAGGGGGCGAAGAGCGUGAUGGAAGUGGUUAGGUGCCCGGAGCAUGUUGUUGACCUUUUUCUCUUCAGGGACUUGCUGCCUUCUCAAGACUGGCACCCGCGAUGGUCCGAAUAAAGGGAAGAGCUUCUAUGUGUGCCGGGCGGACACAUGCGGCUUCGUGAAGGCCAGCGACAUUCCUGUAUCCCACUGCUUGUUGCAUACGAACUUUGUGGUAGAGCUUCAGGGUUUGUUUUCAAACAAGCUACAAGGCAUGAAAGAAUACAGCUUGUUCUACCGAUGCCUUAAGAGUAAGACAGAAGGGAAGCAGUGGUGUGGAAACGUCCCAUGGAAGGACCCUGAUUCCAAAGAGCAUCCUGUAGCCAGUAAGUCUCAGCACACAUCUGAGACAUCCAGCUGUCCUCCUGACCAGCAGAGAAACCCGUUCAAGGUACUCGACAAGAAUCAAGGACCUUCUUUCUGGAAGCAGUUCCUCAAGAAUGGAGAGGAAGACAAGAUGACUGAUAAGAAGCACAGGGACGGGGCAGACCCACCCUCAGAUCUGAAGAAGGAGCAGAAGCCCACAUCUAGUUGCCCAAUGGAGAAAGCUCUUGCAUCUAACUCGGGGGCCAAGGAAAAGCAGCCUGUAGCUAAAGAGCAGUCGAGAGGGGAAAGGAGAGAGCAUCAGCGUGAAGUCAAGGAGAUGGAGGAAACACACAGAAGAAACCAUUCUGAGAUUACGUCCAAACAGAGCCACAGCAGUAAGCCUACAAAGCCCUCUGCCUCCCUUCAGAAGAAAGCGAGUGGCCAAGAUCGUCUCUGUGUUCAAAAACAAUCAGAGCCUCAGAGAGGAAAGGAAACCAGACCUUUGCCUCAUAUUGUCCACAGCCAGAACCCAACAAGCAAGCCCCAGAAAGGGGAGAACCUCAGCAGAGAGCCCCCCCGGAACUUGGAAACAAGUGAAACAAAGGCUGAAGAUGGGCUGAGCAUGCAGGCUGUUCAGCAGAAGACGCUCGGAGAACAUUUCCAGGCUCAGAAAGAGACUCAUGUCCCCAAAGGAGCAGCUGCAGCACUGGCCUGUGGAGGCUUGUCCCUGGGAGCCAGGCAAAAAGCAAUCACCAGCAGUAGUGACAGCGAAGAAGAUGAUGUUGUUUUUGUUUCCUCUGAGCCGGGCAGCCCCUUACUCUUUGACUCAUCUCCAGACUCACAGAAAAAGGAGAACCUUCAUCACACUGGUCAGAGUGUGCAAAAAAGUACAUCUCCCGCCCAAGGUGUUUCCAAGAAGGUGGAGCCUUCAGACCCUGCAGCCCAGCGUGUGUAUCUCACAGCACAGCUGAAGCAGAAGAAGAGCACACUGGCAUCUGUGAAUAUCCAGGUUCUUCCAGACAAGGGUGAGAAGUUGCACAAACAAAUCCAGGAGCUGGAGGAUGCACUCAGUGCACUCGCCCUAUGCCCAGAACAAGCAGACACUAGUGAGGAGAGUAGUGCUCAUGUCCCUCAGCAGAACAACAACACUAAAACGACCAUUAAACCUUCCCAGCUAGUGCCUCCUAAGCCUCUGCAGGGCCAGGAGCUCCAGUCUCAGUGCUCUCUAGGGCUAAAGGCUGACCACCAGCUGGCUGCUGAAGGAGCCAGUCAGUGGCGUGGAGGCCCCCAAGAUUGCCUUCACUCAGUGUGGAAAAUCACAAGUGAAGCCAUUGAUGCUCUGCACCAGUCACUCAAGUCUCGUCCAGCUGAGACAGCUGUGGCAGAGGACCCUGCUGGGUUAAAGGUCCCUUUGCUGCUGCACCAGAAGCAGGCAUUAGCCUGGUUACUAUGGCGAGAAAGUCAGAAGCCACAAGGAGGGAUUCUGGCGGAUGACAUGGGAUUAGGGAAAACUCUGACAAUGAUUGCACUCAUCCUGACCCAGAAGAAUCAAGAGAAAAUCAAAGAGAAGGACGAAAAUGUGGCUUUGACUUGGCUUUCCAAAGAUGACUCCCCUGAGUUUACUUCUUAUGGAACACUAAUCAUCUGCCCUGCUUCCCUGAUUCAUCACUGGAAGAAUGAGGUGGAAAAACGUGUAAACAGCAACAAACUAAGAGUCUAUCUCUAUCACGGGCCAAACCGGGAUCAGCGUGCAAAAGUCCUUUCAAAAUAUGACGUCGUGAUCACCACCUAUAGCCUUCUGGCCAAGGAGAUUCCCACAGAGAAGCAAAAAGGAAUGAUCUCGGGUGCAAAGCUUAGAGUAGAGGGCCCUUCAGCACCUUUGCUUCGAAUAGUCUGGGCUCGGAUCAUAUUGGAUGAAGCUCACAACGUUAAGAACCCCCGAGUGCAGACUUCCAUAGCUGUGUGUAAGCUACAAGCCCGUGCCCGCUGGGCUGUCACUGGAACUCCGAUUCAGAACAACUUGUUGGACAUGUAUUCACUGCUGAAAUUUCUCCGUUGUUCUCCAUUUGAUGAAUUCAGUCUGUGGAGGAGUCAGGUUGACAAUGGUUCAAAGAAAGGAGGAGAACGGUUAAGUAUUUUAACCAAGAGUCUUUUGCUGAGGAGAACAAAGGACCAGCUGGAUUCCACCGGCAAGCCCUUGGUGACACUGCCCCAGCGUAAAUUCCAGUUGCACCACUUAAAGCUUUCUGAAACAGAAGAGGCUGUUUACAAUGUCCUUUUUGCAAGAUCAAGGUUAGCUCUCCAGUCUUAUCUAAAAAGACAAGAAAGUGAGGACAAACAAUCUGGAAGAAGUCCUGAUAAUCCAUUCAGUAGAGUGGCACAGGAAUUUGGGUCAUCUGGGCUUGGGCAUCCCAUCUCUGGUGACUCCCAGAGAUCCAGCACCGUCCAUAUACUGUCACAGCUGCUGCGACUCCGCCAGUGUUGCUGCCAUCUUUCUUUGCUGAAGUCGGCCCUGGAUCCAACAGAACUGAAAGGAGAAGGUUUGGUACUUUCCUUAGAAGAACAGCUUAGUGCUUUGACUUUGUCUGAACUCCACAACUCAGAAUCAUCUUCCACUGUUGCUCUUAACGGUGAAUAUUUCCAGGUGGAGCUUUUUGACAGCACAAGAGAGAGCACCAAGAUUUCAUCUCUGUUGGCAGAACUGGAGGCAAUCCAAAGAAAGUCAGCAUCCCAGAAGAGUGUCAUCGUCUCUCAGUGGACCAGCAUGCUGAAAGUUGUAAUGCUGCAUCUCAAGAGGCGCGGACUAACGUAUGCCACCAUCGAUGGCUCUGUCAACCCCAAGCAGAGAAUGGACUUGGUCGAGGCAUUUAACACUUCCCGGGGCCCUCAGGUCAUGCUGAUCUCUCUCUUGGCUGGAGGUGUUGGUCUAAACUUGACUGGAGGAAACCAUCUUUUUCUCCUGGAUAUGCACUGGAACCCAUCACUUGAAGAUCAGGCAUGUGAUCGAAUUUACCGAGUGGGGCAGGAGAAAGAUGUUGUCAUACACAGAUUUGUUUGUGAGGGAACAGUGGAAGACAAGAUCUUGCAACUCCAAGAGAAAAAGAAAGAUUUGGCCAAACAGGUUCUGUCAGGAUCUGGAGAAUCUGUCACCAAGCUCACCUUGGCUGACCUCAGAGUCCUUUUUGGCAUCUAGCCACCUGGCUAUUGAAUUCAGGAUAGCUAGUGUGGAGCAGGAUGUGGGAAUAACAGCCUUGCCCUUUCAGCUGUCUUUGACAUUUCAUGUCACCGCAAAGCUGACAUUCUCCUCAAAAUGAAGCUUAAUCUUCUGUCCAGAAUUGAAGGUGUUAAUAAGCAGUUGCUUAGCCAGUCAUCCCAUAUAAUAAAACCAUUGUGAUAAUCAUGUCAAUCAAUUCAGCUCUGGAGUGACCAUUAAACCAACAGAUUAUGUCAGAUAGAAGGAAAUAAUUUUGAGUUUGACUGUGUAAGUUUGGGAAAAGCUUCAGAAAAUGGUCAGAAACUCAUCUGGUGCCUUUCUCUUUCCAGCUGAUGGGGGACCCAGUGUCAUCCUUUUAGUACUAUUUUACACACCAAUUCACAGUAUUUGCUGUAUUUGUUAACACUGUUUCAUUUAGUACUAUUGUGUAGUUUUCACUUAGUAUGUGUACCACUUGGUCAUUUAAUAUUUAUACUAUCACUUGAAUAGUCUAAUAAAUCUGUGUUUGGCAAAGUA